GCCGUAACGGUCAUAGACCACUUCUCGAAGUACGCAGCAGCAUAUCCUGUCCCGGAUAAAACAGCGGAAACAAUUGCCAAAGUACUGUUUGUAAGAUGGAUCGCAGAAGGCUGCAGAUGGCCAAAGACGAUUCUAUCAGAUAAAGGAGGAGAAUUUGAGAAUAAAGUCAUGGCAGAGCUGACGAAGAUCACAAAAAUCGGGCAUGUGACGACGAAAGGGUACAAUCCCAGAGAGAAUGGGAUAACCGAGAGGCUAAACGGCACUAUAGUAGCGAUGUUACGCAGAAGUGUAACGGUGCCGGUAGAAUGGGACGUAAGAUUGCCAUUCUGCAUGAUGGCAUACAAUUGUACCCCGCACAGUGCCACAGGAGACAGCCCGUACUUCAUUUUGCAUGGUAUGGAUCCGAACUUUCCAUCUGAAGUGAUACCAAAUGGAGGCAUCUCCUGGUACUCGAUGGAUAAAAGCGUAGAUGACUACAAAGCACAGCUGCUACAAGCGGUAGCUGAAGCCCACGAGCGCGUUAGAGACUAUAACAAUCGAGUAAGAGAGGAAAUGAAACGCUCGUACGACUUGCGCAAUAAGGUAGAUGAGGAUAAGCUGGCAAAGGUAGGGGACAGGGUGUACCUACUAUCCCCCAGGGAAAAAGGAUCAAACACCCACCCAAAACUAACCUCGCAGUGGGCUGGACCAUUUAGGGUAAUUGAGACUAGUCAGAACUCGGCGCUAGUUACUAGAAUAGGGGAAAAUACGGAACCCAUAAGAGUCCAGUUGGACGCUUUGAGAGUAGUACCUAGCACUAUUUCUGACGAUCGUAUAGAUACCGUAACAAGUAGAGGCAAAAGAGGAAGAAAACCUAAAGUUUGUGUCAAGAAAGUAACGAAUUCUAUUUUCAGUGGUGCGGUGCUCGCCUCGAAGGACCAAAAGGGACACCUGCAAUUCACUUGCAAAGACGGCUGCCUCAACAAGAUCCGCCUGGGACAGCUGAAAGGAAUCUUUUUCCCCGGAGCACUCGCAAACCAGCCUCUCGGAACGAUCUGGGACGCCUGGCGCGCAGCAAGUAUUUUUAUCAGGACCGACAUCGACAUGUCGGAAAAGAUACAGUUCUGGAGAGAUGGCGCCGUGUUAUUGGAAGAAGAGGCCCUACAGAAGCUGCUAAAGGUCGCAUAUGAGAACUGUUUCGAGUGGACUGAAUUCGUAUGCAUGACAAGCGGCAUUAGGAAGCACGAGAAAAUCAACGAUUUCGGAUUCGAGACGAUCUAUGACGCGGCACUCAAGAAAAUGAAGACGGAUCUCCAGAAUGAAGAGCGCGACAGACGCGUGAUCAAAGACGGGCCAGUAGCAUUUGCAGCUCCACCAUAUGCCUCGUUACUGGAGAAGGAUGGCCCUGGAAUAGGAAUUCUGACUAAGGUGGUAAGGUCGUUCCGCCACCUAAGCGACAUCAUCGGCGAGUGGAAAGGCAAUAAGAUUUGGAUCAUCGUGUGGCCAUUAGAUAAAGCGCCCACGGAAAGCGACCUCUGCAGCAUUGUCAAGAGCUGCUACGACCAGUUUCAAAGUGGAGGCAGAGUCAUUACCGCAUGGCCACCACUCGUGGAAAACAACGAGGUGAUCUGGAAGAACAUGGUGGAAAUGUGGACCGUUCUUGACGAAACGCUGGCGAAACAAGGCGGACCGAAGCAAUGCAUCACUACGGCGAACUCUAAGAUCAAGUCCGGCAAGGUUCUCUGUGAAAAAGGAACGCCCGAGGAUUGCCUUUACUUUUAUAAGGGUCGCUAA